AUGAGCACGAGUUCGCGCGUUGAGUUCGAGAAACACUGCGUCCGAGCUGGGGGAAUGUCCCUCUCGCCUCCGUCCCCAACUGCCCUGCGCUUCUGCACCAUCGGCUCAUCCGUUGAACAUGUCGCUGCGCUCAAAGACGAUAUCAACGAGCGCAUCUGGGGCCCCGAGGUGAAAGUCAAUGAGGCUGGAAAUCUGGCUGCUAUUUGGGCGCCUUUCCGAGCGAAGAUCAACGGUGUUGUCGAUCAUGUUGGCGUUGGACUUUCCGUUUCAUAUAAACUCAACGGCCAAUGGAAGGUGACUGGAUUAGCUAACUCUUGUCGGCUGCCGACCAAGGAGGAGAUGCUUUUGGAAUAA